AUGCUCGGUUCUGUCAAAGUCCUGGUAGGCAAGGACGAUACACGAGACUACAGAGGCGCCCGCGUUAAGCGAACAACCGUGACCGCAAUCGAAUGCAUUAGUGCUGAUGGUAGAUGCCUGAAACCCAUGAUAAUCUGGCCAGCGACCACUCAUCGAAGCAACUGGACUACGUUUUCCACACCUGGGUGGCAUUAUGCCUGCUCCGAGUCUGGAUACACUGACUCCAAGAUUAGCUUAGAGUGGCUCACGCGUGUCUUCGAUCCACAGACUCGAGUACGAGCCAACCACAAACCACGCGUGCUAAUCUGCGACGGCUUUGGCACGCACGAGACGCUUGAGAUAUUGGAGUAUUGCUUCGCUAACAACAUCACUCUGUGUCGUCUUCCGUCCCACACCUCUCAUAAACUUCAACCCUGUGACAUCGCUGUCUUUGGCCCUCUAAAGACGGCCUACCGCGAC